AUGAGAGAGGACCAAGGAUUGAGAAGCCACGUCUUGAGAGGGCUAGAGUUGAGAAACCACGAUCUGAUAGGCCAAGAGCUGAGACUUGUUCAAGCCCCUUGUGUGCUUGAUGAAGAGAGCCUUCAAGCUUUGUUUGAUGAGCCACUAGGAAGGGCUCUAAAAGAAGGGGAGGAUGUAGCCUCUAAGGCAAGACCAGGGAUUGGGAUGGAGUGGGUCCCACAAGCUGAUUUUGGUACUUUAGUGAAGAACAGUGUAACAGAGAUGACAAACAGUGAGGGAAGUCGCGCUUCACAAAGGAGAAUGGUUGAGGGUGAAUCAAGCAAUGCAAGGGAAAGAAGGCUUAAGAUGCAAGCCGAUUUGGAGAGGAUGAUCAAAGGAUGGAAGAGUCUGAUGCAGAGGAGUAUGUGUACUCUGAGGAAGAGUCUGAGAGUGAGAGAUUGA